GGCGAAUCUAACUUCCCCGAGCUGCAGGUAGAAAGAAGUGCAGGGUAGCAUGGAGACCCCGGGAGAGAGAGAGGAGCAGAGGGGGAAUCCGUGCAGAAACGGGAGCCGCUGGCACUUUAAUAAAGCGGUGCUGCGAUCUGUUGUGGCGAGCCCGCGGAGCGUGGGAUCACGUCCACGUCCUGUUGAUCGCGGAGGAUCUGCUGUGAGCUCUUUAAAGAGGAGAUGGAGGCGAGCCUGUGCCACGUUACGCUACGGUGCAUUCGCUCCUCCGGCGCGUGCCCCGUGAUUUCUCCUCCGCGCAGCCGAGCGCUCCAACUAAAGUAGGAAAAUCGAGAACAAGCAUUUAACUAUAGUUUUCUCCUGGGGAACCGAGCCUGUGCUGAGUGUGAAACACACGGCACGAGAAAACGAGGCUUUUUCUGUGUUUUUUUUUACGAUUCGCCGAGGGAGCGUUGUUGUGCAUCAUGCAGAGGGGGCACAGUUUCUCUGAGCGCAAAUAAAAUAAUGGGAGAGAAAUGAGAAGGAAAACAAAAGCCAAGCGGAUUCCCGACUACGAAAAUGAAGCGGACGAGGAGGAAGAACAAAAAGCGGACGAAUUCCACCACGUUCUGCAGAAACGAAGAAAACAAAUGUAUCCUGCCAAAGAGCGAGCUGAGGGGAACCCAUCACCAGCUGCAGCUCGCCAGAAGUUGGACAUGAGGGCUUAUGAGUUCGACUGCUCUCCUGCAGACUACAACUUCAGCAACACUCACUCCACUUCUGAGCAGGAAGCUGACUAUUUGCAGUCAUAUUCGAAAAUGGAGCUGAUUGCCAUGGUCCUAUGCAUGCAGAGAGAAAUGGAGAGCUUGAAAGAGCAACUUAGGUGCCUUACAGCAUGUGGAAAGCUGGCCAAAAACCUUGAGGCCCUGAUCGAGAAGACCCAGAUGUGGCCUAAUGGGGAUAGGAAGCCCUCUCUCGCCGUCUCCCCCAGCCCAGUAAGAGUGCCUGUGGAUAUGGAUGCUUUGAUGCCAACUAUGCUGUGUGCCCCAACUGUUCUGAAUGGGCAGUGGGUCAAGCAGGAGUCUGUGACACAGAAACCUAAUGAGACCCCCCAUGGGGACGAGCUCUUCUCAGAGUUUAUCACUCCUGAGCUUUUGGAGAGAUGUAACACAGGAACCACUGCCCAGAAGUUGACCAAUGAUCUGCUCCGUGGACUUUAUGAAAGAGACUGCCUGGCCUCUCACUCCAUCUCUGGUGUGGUGUACAACAAGAGAGGUCAGCCCAAACCUGCCCUUCCCACUGAGGAGAUCCAGGCUAUCCUAAGAACUGUCCAAUAUUUCUUUCCUGGGAAGACUGACGCAGAGAUUAAGGGCUACAUCCGUCAGAAACUUCAAAAUGAGGCAAAACGAUUGAGGAAAAAGCCUUCACUCCCUGGCCCAGAAUCUAGAGCUUUGAGUCUGCCUGGCCCAAUAUUGAAUGCUCCUCACUUGGAAUUGAUUGGACAAAAGUCCAUCGUUUGAUUAGUAGUCAACAGUUUUGUGUCGUCUGAUGAGAUAACCUAAUUCAGUGUUAAAUAUGGUCAGGAAAUAAAAUUCUUGACUCAUACAAGAUUGAUGAGAGAUGAUGUAUACAUGAUCCUUGCCAUCACACAAAAAACAUGUAUUUCCAAAAUGAACAACUUUGCAGGAGAAGGUGGGGAAAACUGCUUAAAUUUAAAUGGACUUCCUGUUUGUCCGUUCGUAAAAUCUUCACAGAUUCAUAUUGUUAACAGGUCAAAAACUUGAAAAAUGGAGAUACAAGGUUUUUGUAUGAGGGCGGCUAUUUAAAAUUAAAUUAAUCUCAUGUUAUGUUUGGGUUGUCCUUGAGAAUGUCACGAUCACUUGCAAUAGUUGUUUGGAUACUGAUCGUUGUGACAGUAUUGAUGUCAAAAUGCAAAUAAAAUAAUUUAAAUUGAAGGUCUCCUAAGAGCACAGUCGAUAGAAUUAGAAAUUAUUAAUGUGAGUCUGUAAACGUUUUCUUUUUGUAACGUUUUGUAUUUAACAGAUAUGCAGUUGCUACACUGCAUAACGUCAGCCGGUGUGGACAUUUAUUUUCAUUGUAUUUUAAAUGUAUUUCUUACUCUAUUACGGUCCCUAUGACAAACGUAGCUUUAUGUAUGUAUUCUUUUGUUAUUAAAUCAAAAUGGAAAGCAAACAAAUUAGGUGUUCUUUUUAGUAUUUUCCCUGUUGUUGUGUUUGGUUUU